AUGCUCAACUAUCGAGCACUCGUGAGCCUCCUGGCCUUUGCCAGUUCCGCCAGGGCCUGGGGAGCCCCUGGAUAUGGCGGGUUUAGUCUUCGAUGGCAAGACUCGUUCCCCGGCGCUGCUGGCGCCAGCCCCAACACUGGCAACUGGAAUCUGAUCGACGGCUACUUGAACGUCAACAACGAGCUCCAGCGGUACUCGUCGAGCACACGCAACCUCCAGCUCAGCGGCGGCCAGACGGUCCAGCUCGUCCCCUGGCGAGACGGAUCGACACGGAUGGGAUGGACGUCGGGCCGCAUGGAGAGCAAAUACGUCUUCACGCCCGACGCGGGCAGCAUCACCCGAGUCGAGGCGUGCCUCCGGUUCGGCGGCGCGCCCGACUACGCAAAGCAGGGCAUCUGGCCGGCGUUCUGGCUCCUCGGCGACUCCAUCCGCCACGGCGUCCAGUGGCCUACCGGCGGCGAGCUCGACAUCAUGGAGCGAGUCAACGGCCUUUGGACCGGCUACGGCACCGUCCACUGCGGUUACUCGCCAAACGGCGGCGCAUGCAACGAGCCCAACGGCGUUGGCGGCGCCAUUGGCAUCCCGGACGACGGGUGGCACGUCUGGCGUCUGGAGUUUGACCGUCGCAGCAACGACUGGACGCAGCAGACCAUCACCUGGUCCAGGGAUGGCUGGCAAUUCCACCAGAUUAGCGGUUCUCGCAUCGGUGACUAUAACCUAUGGGUUGCCCUCUGCCAGAAGCCCCAGUUCUUCAUCCUGAAUCUUGCCGUCGGCGGCAACUGGCCCGGUUAUCCCAAUGGGAAUACCCAGGACGGCUACGGCGGCAUGUUGGAGGUUGCAUACGUCGCUCACUACAGCACGCAAGUAUAG